AUGUUCCAAUUGGAUUAUCCAAGAGAAGUUGUUAGUAAGACAGCAAAACAAAUGGACGAAAUAAGUGGGAUUGCUUACGAGAAAGACCAAAAAUAUGAUGAAAACUUCAAGCGCACUAAUUCUUGUAAUCUCGGGACAGGAUCUUCCGCACUCGAGGAAGUGGCGAGUCCUGAACAUCGAAAUCAUUUUAUAAAUGUGUUUCAACAAGAUCGGUUGGAUAGACGAUAUUCGGGUGUCAUUGGGUUUCCCUUUCAUAUUAUUAUCGUCAUUAAUUUGUCAUAUCGAAGUCGUAAUUGUUGA